AUAAGGUGCACACAGGGAAGGUUGCAGUCGCUGUGGGAGCUAUCCACCCAUCACACCCGCACCCCCACGCAUACAUACACUCCCCGUCGCCACCCCCCGCCCCCUCACAGCCACAUACUGUAGAGCACAGCCACAGAGCCAGUUUUCUCUAAUUAGUUCCCGCACGCUUGGCCGGAUGGAUGCCAUAGGGAGCCCAUUUCGGAGAGUUACGGACAGCAGGGCGAGCAGUUACAGCUACAGCCGCUCCGUAGGCGGCCCCUCCGCCGGCGGAUACCGCUCCCAGACGUGGUCGCGGAGCGGCCCGGCUUCAGGCGUGAGCGCGUCGUACAAGAGGGGCGCCAAUAAGCCCCACUCGGACAUCUUCAAGCUGAGCCAAAGUUCCCUCCUGAGCGCGGAGUCCUCCCGGCGCUCCAACGAGAAGGAGCAACUCCAAGGGCUCAACGACCGCUUCGCCGUGUACAUCGAUAAGGUGCACUACCUGGAGCAGCAGAACAAGCAGAUCGAGGACGAGAUCCAAGCCCUGAGGCACCAGCAGGUGUCCCGCUCGCAACUGGGUGACCUGUUCGACCAGGAGCUGCAGGAGCUGCGCGCCACAUUGGAGCAGAUCCACCGCGACAAGGCGCAGAUCCAGCUCGACAGCGACCACCUGGAGGACGACAUCCAGAGGAUCAGGGAGCGCCUGGAUGAGGAAGCCCGCAUCCGGGAGGACACCGAGGCCAUCAUCCGCGUUCUGAAGAAAGAGGCCGGAGACUCGGACAUGCUCAAAUCCGAGCUGGAAAAGAAAGUGCAGUCGCUGCAGGACGAGAUGGCUUUCAUCCGCAACAACCACGACGAGGAAGUGAGCGAGCUUCUGGGCCACAUCCAGGCGGCACAGGUGACCGUGGAGAGGAGGGACCCGCAGCGGGCCGACAUCACGGAGGCUCUGCGCGAGAUCCGCAGCGAGCUUGAGGGCCACUCGGACAAGAACCUGGAGCAGGUGGAGAGCUGGUUCAUGUGCCACUACGCCAAGUUGAACGAGGCGUCCGAGCAAAACAAAGACGCCAUCAAGAAUGCUCGCGACGAGAUCAGCGAUUACCGGCGCCAGCUGCAGUCCAAGACCGUGGAGUUUGAGUCGGUACGCGGCACCAGAGAAUCCCUGGAGAGGCAGCUGGGCGACAUCGAGGACCGCCACAACAGCGACCUUGCAAGCCUGCAGGAGACCAUCCACCAGCUAGACAAUGAGCUCAAGAGCACCAAAUGGGAGAUGGCACGUCACUUACGCGAGUACCAGGAUCUGCUCAAUGUCAAGAUGGCCCUGGACAUUGAGAUCGCUGCAUACAGGAAACUCCUUGAGGGCGAGGAGACCCACUUCAGCACCUUCACCCAUCGGCCAGCCGUUUCAUCCGCCAGAAUCUCAUUUACCAAAUCAGAACCUCCCAGGAUGAAGGUGCAACACAAGUUUGUGGAGGAGAUCAUCGAGGAGACCAGGGUGGAGGAUGACAAGGCCGACAUGGAGGACGCCCUGGAUCAAAUAGCCCAGAAGCUCUCGGCCACACUCGAAGGCAGCGGAGGCGAGGAGGACGAAGAGGAAGGUGAAGAGGACGGCGAGGUGGAGGAAGAGGAAGUCGUAGCUGCAACUGGUGCGAAAGUGAGUUUGAAGGCGCCGGCGAAAGAAGAAGAGGGGGAUGAUGAAGAGGAUGGGGAGGAGGAAGAAGAGGCAGGGGAAGGUGAUGAGGAGCAAAAUGAAGAAGAGGAGGAUGAGGACGAUAAAGAAGAGGAGGAGGCGGGCGAUGAGGAGGACGGAGUAGAGGAAACUGUCCUGUGCUCCAAAUCUCAAGAGUCCAAGACCAUUCCUGGGAAAGUGAAGGCCGGAGAGGAGGAAGAGGCCAGUGAAGAGGAAGCUGAUGCCGGCGAGGACGAAGACAGAGCAUCCAAAGAUGGAGACGACGAGGAAGAAAAGGCAGAUGCAGACCAGGGGAAGAAAGAAAAUGAGAAGGACGCUGUUGAAGACAUUGUGACAGAAACAAUUGUAGCCAAAGUCCACGUUCAGAAAACAGUAGCUGCAAAACCUGAAGAACUGACAAAACCAGAUUCUCUUAAACGAGAAUCUCCAAAAGCUGGUUCCCCAAAGUCUGAAUCCCCAAAAGCUGGUUCCCCAAAGUCUGAAUCCCCAAAAGCUGGUUCCCCAAAGUCUGAAUCCCCACAAUCUGAAUCAUUAAAAGCUGCUUCCCCAAAAUCUGAAUCCCCAAAAGCUCCUUCCCCUAAGACAGAAUCUCCAAAAGCUGGUUCCCCCAAGACAGAAUCCCCAAAGCCAGAAUCACCUAACGCUGAGUCCCCUAAAUCAGAAUCUCCCAAGCCUGGAUCCCCCAAAGAAACCUCUCCAAAAACUACUCCCCCAAAAGCAGAGUCCCCAAAACCGGAAGCCACCAAGCCUGCAUCCCCGACAAAAGACUCACCGAAGGUUGGCUCCCCAAAAGAGGAGUCCCCUAAAUCUGAAUUCCCGAAAUCUGUUUCCCCCAAAGAAGGCUCACCGAAGGCUGGCUCCCCAAAAGAGGAGUCCCCUAAAUCAGAAUCUCCCAAGCCCGGAUCCCCCAAGGAAGACUCACCAAAGGCCGGCUCCCCAAACGCAGAGUCCCCUAAAUCUGAAUCAGCAAAACCGGACUCGCCAAAGACUGAAUUGACCCAACCUGAUACCUCCAAACCUGCCGAAGACAUAAAGAGUGCCACCACAGACGACAAGAAGACGAAAGACGCCGCCAUGAAUGGUGACCUGGACGAGAGCAGCCCGAAGGAAGAGGAGGAAAAGCGAGGCGAGGGGACCGACGUGAUCAUCAACGGUGUGGAUGAGAGCCCCGCCAAGGACGACGGCAGCCAGAAGGUGGUGAUCACCAAAACGGUAGAGACCAUCACCACGGGGGGCGACGGCUUGCAGCAGGUCACUAAGUCCGUCACGGUUACCGAGACGGUGAAGGAAGUUGAGGACGUGCUGCAGGAGAAGUUCGUCUCCACCAUCAAGACGGAGAAGCACUCCAGCCAGUCCAUCAAGCAGGUGACGGAAGGCGAUUGAGGAGGCGGGACUCAAUGUGGACGGACGGCGGCGGUCGGCGUGACGAACAAGCAAUCAAGCAGAACUAACAUAAGAGAACACCAUACAGCUAGAGCGACUUAAUAAAACAUACACAAGCCUUAGAGAGAAGCUAAACGCUACAAAUGUUAGAAGUGCAUGUUUGCAGACGCAGCGAGGGUGGGGGGGGGGGGGGGGCGAGCCAUAUUUCUCUUUUUCCAUUCCUGCCGCAGCUCAACUGAUGGGAUUGCGGUUUUCGGGG